GGUUAUUCUCUUCAAGUAGUACGACUCUACGACGAGUCAGGUCCUUGUUUAUCUAACGAUCAGCUGUGCGAUUGUCGGCAUGAGAGAAAGGAGAAUAUUUUUGUUGUUCUUCGCUUAAAACCCGAUAGAGUGAUUAGUCUGUUAAUUUACGAAAUAAAAAAACUUCAGAAGAAGGAUACUUAUUGUCAUUGUUUAGUGAAGCAAUUUAAAAGAUGAACAAGUACAUAGAUUUGGCGAAGGUGGGCACCAAUUACGCUAUGCGUAUGAAUCGGCUGAGUAAUCGAAUUUUCGGCGAAGUGGUCACACCCACUAAUCAGAAGUCGAUGAAGGUGGUAAAGCUCUUCAGCGAAAAACCAGUGAACAAACGACCCGAGAUCGUGCGAUAUUAUCCAAGAAUCUGGGCGACCGAAAGGAUGAUGACUCAUCUGCGUAAUUAUGGCCUCUAUAGGAACGAACAUAUGGAUUUCAAGGAGGAGUAUGAACGUCUGAGAGUUCUUCGAGGCAAGCCAAAGUGGGUACCGCGUAGAUUCAGGAACAAGGAUGAAAAACAGUCUUAGAUUCAAACAUCAAUUUUGUUAUAAAGUAUGUAUUUCACAUGUGAAUAAUAAAUUAAAGUCAACUACAAAUAACAUCUGCCUUAGAAGGAAAAUAUGCUAUUGGGAAAAACUCAAAUAUUUCGUUGAAGAAAUGACUUUAUGAUAGGCUAAAUUCAAACACGAUUUAAUAUUAAAUAUGUAUUCUAUAA